AUCCUAAUGCUAUGGUUUUGUUUCCUGAUGUCCCAGGGCUUGAAAAUCAAGAUUCACAACUGAGACUUGUCUUAGUGGGUAAGACUGGAGCAGGAAAAAGUGCCACAGGAAACAGCAUCCUUGGAAAGAAAGCAUUUAUUUCCAGCAUUGCAGCAAAAUCCAUUACCAAGGCCUGUCAGAAAGAGAGAAGCGUGUGGAAUGGGAGAGAAAUAGUCGUCGUGGACACACCUGGCAUUUUCGACACGGAAGUACCAGAUGCUGACACACAAAGGGAGAUUGCUAAUUGUAUCCUCCAGACCUCCCCCGGGCCUCACGCUGUGCUCCUAGUGGUCCCGCUGAGCCGGUACACAAAGGAAGAACAGAAGGCUGUGGAGAAGAUGCUAUCAAUGUUUGGACCCAAAGCGAGGAGAUACAUGAUUCUCUUAUUUACCAGGAAAGAUGACUUGGAUGGCAUGGAGCUCCGUGAUUACUUAAAGGAAGCACCAGAAGGCAUUCAAGAUCUGAUGAAGCAGUUCAAGGAUCGCCACUGUGAAUUCAACAAUAAGGCGACAGGGGCUGAGCAGGAGGAUCAAAGGACACAACUGCUGGACCUGGUCCAGCGCAUAGUGAAGCAGAACAAGGGAGGAUUCUACACUAAUAAGAUUUACCAAAGAGCAGAGGUGGAGAUUCAGAAACAGAUUCAAGCUAUACAGGAAAACUACAGAGCUCGGUUGAGGAGAGAGAAAAGGCAGUUAAAAGAGGAGUAUGAAAAGAAAAUCAGAAAGCUAGAGGAUACAUUAGAGCAGGAAAUGAAAAAGGCAGAAAUGGAGAGGGAAUUUGAAGAAAGGGAGAAAUACUAUUCCUUCAUGCAGAAAAAUGCUAGAGGUGAAGUUGAGAGUCAGGAAGGGAUGCUUGAUUUAAUCUUGAAAGGAUUAAGAGUAAUCUGGAGAGAAAUCUCAUCUCUGUUCAAGGAAGAUUAGGCUAAUGAAAAUCUGUCUAAAUUUCCUGUGUGUUUUCAGGUGUGUCUGCCGCAUAUAACUAAUUCCCUAAAGUCAGAACUCUGUUUCUGUCUCUCAGGCUCUCAGACUGGGGCAUGUAGUAAACUUCAGUCAUAGAAAUUGGGAGACUUGGUUGAGGUAAGAAGGAAGGAAAACAUUCUCAAUGUGUAAAACUCCAAAGCAGAAAAUAUGAUGCUCCCUAUCUUCUGAACUCUCAGAGACAGAGAGAAAAUGAAUGCAGGAGAUCAAAAGACCAUGACCCCAAGCUUUCUCUAUCAUUAGUAAAGUUUCCUCCUCUACAUUGGCACAUAAUCUCCACCCGUGGCUCCUACUCCUUAUUUUUAUCUUUAGGAUCACAAUGCUCAUUUUACAGAUGUGGUUAGAGAAAUCAAUUCUUUGCCUUAGAUAAUCUAUAGCUAGAGAUGUUUAUAAAAUUCUUUCUAUAUAUACAUAAAUUUGUUGAAUUUAAUUUUUAUGGAAGGACUGAAAUUGUUCCUUAUUAUCUGCCCACUAGAGAACAAAGAUUUGUCUGGAAAAUGUUUUUCAGAACUCAACUAAGUGAAAUGCCAGAAAGAGCAAAAGACAAGAGAUUCAACAGCUAAGAGAACAAUGUUCAGUAUAUUCAGAUGUUUAUGUAGAAAGUUGUUGAGCAAACUCAAUGUAGCCACUUUGCUGAAUAAUGAGUUCUCUUCUUCUUUUCUUGUGAAACUAACUGUUGCCACCACACCUCUAUCACACCACACCUUGAUUACUUACUGCUAGGUGCAUCAUCCCCACACUGCUGCCUCCACUCAUUUGAAUUGUUUGCUCAUUGUUACCAUAAUAAAACAUUUCUAUUCUCUCUUAUUUGUGCAAAACUGAAAUUUCUUUUAC